AUGAUGCACCCACGGCGAAACAGCGGUAUCGUGGCCUCUGGCUCGAUGGUAUUGCUUGAUGCAGUUUCGCGUGCUAGCCGAGCUACACAGAAGCCCAAGCUGACCCAAACUGCGGUGCGUGAUGUCAUGUCCUUUGGUCCAAUCAGUGGCGUCCCUACGACAAUCACCCCGAUCAGCAACCCGAGCAUUCAUCCCGACCGAAACUCCCUCGAGAAUCAACCCGACAAGCAUCACCCCGAUAUUCGGAUCGUAGGAAAGAACAACAGAACCAAAGCUGAGACGAAAAUGAAUGUGAUGGUAGUUGCCGAUGAGCUAGCCGCACUAUCUGACAUCGACACCGGUCGAUGCAAUGCAAGUCUGAAAAAUUUCGUAUCCAUCGUUGAAAAUUGCAUAGAAUACGCAUGA